AUGAAAGGUGCCGGCGAUUUACAGGGAGAGCACAAGUGUUCAUCAUCGGAAAAACCUUCACUUUGCAAUAACAUCGGACCGAUGCAGAGCGCAGAAAUUGUAAAUGGUGAAACCGCAUCUGGUUCCCCGCGCACUGUACCUGACUGUGAAUCACCCUCAUCGGACAAGAAAUGCCGUACUGAAAUUGAAAGUGAGUACUUUGACGGGAUGCGAACCCAAUGCACAAAGGCCAUUCAUAUGUCCGUAGACUACUUACAGGACGUAGCCAAACAUCGGGUAUUUCCGCAGGUUGAGCCCGGCUAUCUGCGACCUCUACUGCCAGAGGAGGCGCCCGAAAAGCCAGAGCCCUGGGAGCAGAUAUUCGGCGACGUCGACAGACUUUUAAUGCCAGGUGUACGUCCCAAUAUCUGA